AUGUCGGCUCAAACAUCGAUCCCGUACCGAAAUUUCAAAAACAUAUUAUCACAAAAUUUGGAUCCUGAUCUUCGCCGAUACCUAUUCAAAGUGUACUCCUGUAUGGCCCUGACGUGUGCCGCUGCAGCUACCGGAUCAAUAGUUCAUCUGACCCACCUAUGGACCGCCGGAUUUCUGUCAGUUUUUCUGGAAAUUACCUCUGUGGUGACCAUGAUUCUCAUACCACAACGGAAAACGAACCGUAGACUCAGGCUGGCCUUACUGUUGCUGGUUGGUGCUCUUUCCGGACAUACCAUGGGCUUGAUGAUCGAACAAGUCAUGGUGGUGAACCCUGCAUUCGUCAUUACCGCCCUCCUGGGAACGAUGAUAAGUUUUAGCUGGUUGAGUUUGUCGGCUAUUUUAGCUCGAAGGGGUAGCCAUCUGGUCCUUGGCGGUGUUCUUUCAAGCAUAACCUGUGCUCUUAUAACGGUUUCGAUUGGUAAUCUAUUCUAUCAAUCUUGGAUUGUUCACAAGCUUAGCCUCUAUCUGGCCCUGGCGGUGAUGUGCGGAUUCGUUCUAUUUGAUACGCAGCUCAUCAUCGAAGAAUACCGUUUGGGGAUUGAUGACUACGUCAUUCAUGCGCUGAGGUUAUUCUUCAACAUUAUAGAUAUCUUUCGCUUGCUAAUGGAGAUAUUCGUUACCAAAUCGGAGACUCGCAAUAGACGGAGAAAUGCCAGUCAAAAUGAUGAUUGA